AUGGCUACAAUGGACACAACUCAAGUCAUGCCAAAGAUAAAUGAAAAGAACCAUUCAGAUGGAGUAAGCAAAGACAUCAAGCAGGGAGUUGUGAACAAACUUAAAGUCUUUAGAAGCAAAAAAACUGGUGGAUGGUAUUCAGCAUUUCUUUGUUUAGUAAACCAAGGACUUGUAACACUAUCAUUUUUUGGUGUUGGAGUGAAUUUGGUGUUGUUUUUAACAAGAGUUUUGGGACAAGAUAAUGCUACUGCUGCUAAUAAUGUUAGCAAAUGGACUGGAACUGUUUAUUUGUGUUCACUUUUGGGAGCUUUUAUAAGUGAUUCUUAUUGGGGAAGGUUCAUCACAUGUGCCAUUUUUCAACUUAUUCUCAUCCUGGGACUUGUGAUCAUAUCAUUGACAUCUUGGCUAUUCUUGAUUAAACCAAAUGGAUGUGGAGAUGGUCUACAAAAUUGUGUACCCCCAUCACCUAUUGGCACUUCAUUAUUUUACUUAGCCAUAUACUUGGUGGCUUUGGGCUAUGGUGGUCAUCAACCCACAAUUGCAACUUUUGGAUCAGACCAAUUUGAUGAAGCAAAUCCUAAAGGAAAAAUCUCAAAGGCUGCCUAUUUUGGCUAUUUUUACUUUGCAUUAAAUGCUGGAUCUUUAAUUUCCAAUACAAUUUUGGUAUAUUAUGAAGAUGGUGGUAAAUGGACACUUGGUUUUUGGGCCUCUACUGCUGCUGGGCUUUUGGGCCUAAUUGUUUUCUUGUUGGGCACUCCUGGAUAUAGAUAUGUUAAGUCAUUUGGGAACCCAUUGCCACGUGUCGGUCAGGUAUUCGUUGCCGCGUUCCGUAAAUGGAGAGUGCCUAAUGUUGAUGAGACAGAGUUAUAUGAAUUGAAUGGGUUGGAAUCAUCCAUUAAAGGGACAAGGAAGAUACUUCAUAGUAAUGAUUUCAAGAAACUAGACAAGGCAGCAAUAGUGACAGAUGAAGAUAGACAAAGGCCAGUGAUUAACCCAUGGAGGCUAUGCACAAUAACACAAGUUGAAGAAGCAAAGUGCAUAAUAAGAAUGUUUCCAAUUUGGCUAUGCACCAUAAUGUACUCUGUCAUCUUUACACAAAUGGCCUCUUUAUUUGUUGAGCAAGGUGAAGUCAUGGAUGCUACCAUUGGGAACUUUCACCUACCUGCAGCUAGCAUGUCAGCAUUCGACAUAUGUAGCGUGCUAACGUGCACGUUUCUCUACAGGUUCAUGGUGGUUCCAUUAGCCGGAAAGAUAAGUGGGAAUCCGAGAGGAUUGUCAGAGCUCCAGAGGAUGGGAGUUGGACUAAUCAUCGGUAUGUUAUCAAUGGUUGCAGCAGGUGUAACAGAAAUUUUUAGGCUAAGAAGAGUAAUCCCCGGAAAUGAAACAAGUUCACUAAGUAUAUUUUGGCAAAUUCCACAAUACAUACUUGUUGGUGCCUCAGAGGUAUUUAUGUAUGUUGGACAACUUGAAUUUUUCAAUGGACAAGCACCUGAUGGGAUAAAAAGCCUAGGAAGUUCACUUUGUAUGGCAUCAAUGUCACUUGGAAAUUAUGUUAGUAGUAUGCUUGUCAACAUGGUUAUGCAUUUCACAGCAAAAGGGACUAGACAUGGUUGGAUACCUGAAAAUUUAAAUAAUGGCCACAUUGAUAGAUUUUACUUCUUGCUAUUUGGUUUGGCAUUGGUUGAUAUGGUUGCAUUUGUGUUUUUUGCUAAGUGGUACAAAGGGAUCAACAUUGAAGAUAGCAAUCAUGGACAAAAGGAGAUUGUUCAAGUUCUUGAAAAAGUUUGA